ACUGGCUCCCCCAAAGGAGGCUCUGGGUCUCGCGUAUCGCUAGCCUGUCUGCCCUGUCGGAGCCGCCAUGUCCGCUGCGAUGCAAAGAAGCCGCGGUGCAAUCGCUGCAGUGAGGAGAACAAGGAGUGCAGCUACACCAAGUCGAGGCGAGGAGGCCUUGAUAGAGCAGCGCUGGCAGCUCGUCGCAGCCAAAUUGCCGCGUUGACGACAGCCAAGAACGGCGGCCAUCUCUCUCCAGCCGGUAGCGUUGACGGGACCGCCAGCACGCCUGAUGUUUUGACUGGCAGGGAUGAUUCACAUGCUUCAUUGGAUGUACUUGGAGAUGGCUUGAUGGGAAAUCAGCCAUUGGAUCCCAGUCUCUUCACUCCUCCAGAUGAUUCGUGGUCGACAUCGAGCGUCGUCCUUGCUACAUCAGACCUGCAGUCCAUUGACAUCACCAAGGACGCCUUCAUCGACGCUUAUUACAACUGCUUCCACCGCUAUCACCCCUGUGUGCUUCCCCGGAGAUGUUUUGAGCAGUACUUACAGGAUCCGACCCGGCAAGAUGAGCUGAAACCGCUGGUGUACAUGAUGCGCUUCGUCGGCAGCAUCUAUCUAAGCUCCCAUCAACCUUCAUUGCGGCCAAAGUGCUCUCGGUUGGAAGAACUGGUAUCCUCGACGCUUGCCCAAACGCCGACGACGUCGAUCAAUUCCUUCAUGGUCCAGUGCCAUCUCAUCUAUUCCGUUUGUCUAUACUGGCGCGGAAAUGUCCCCAAAUCACGGAUACACAUGGGCAUAGCGAGACAACUCGCGCUCGACCUGGGCAUGCACCGCCGCGAAUUCGCAACAGACCAUGGCAACGGCGACUCCGUCCUGGAGGAAUCAUGGCGACGGACCUGGUGGCAAGUUUACAUUGUCGACGCAUUUUAUUCCGCCAUCAGGCGAACCGCCGACUUUCCAUCCUAUCACGUCGAAGCAAGCACAGACUUGCCCUGUGAGGAAGAAGAAUACGAGCGUGGGACUAUUCCCCGCCCAAGGACAUGGCAAGAAUUCGACUCGCGAGAGUUUCUUUCGGAAGACACAGUCUUUUCAUCCUUUGCUUACCUCAUCGGAGGCGUCCGCGGCAUGGCUGAUGCCAUGUCCAGAGCUCUCUCGCUGGAAAAGAAUUCGUCUGAUGCCGGAGAAUCUUCGCCCAGAGUGUUGGAAUCCGUCGAUUCCAUCAUCGAAGGGUGGCUUCUUCUUUUGCCAGAGUCAAAACGGGACGUCUUCUCGGCAGACGGCCAGAUUGAUGAGCUGCUAUUCCAAGCAAUGAUGGCUCUCCAUGCAACAACCGUAGGACUCCACAGACCAUUUUCAAACUGCGCAUUCGAUCCCCUAGAAUGCAUCUCGAGCUGCUCCGCGCCCCCAGCAGCAGGAGCUCACUCCGAUCCCAGCAAUGAAUUCAGAAGCAUCCACACCAUCAAAUGCAUCCGCGCAGCUGAGGCGCAAAUCGGCCUCCUCGCCUUGCCCACAAAGCCAUGCAGCCAUACGCCAUUCGUCGUCUGCAUGCUUACCACGGGAACUCUCUCGCUUCUCGCCGCCUGUCGAUAUAUCCUUCGUGGUCAGAAGCUCGCCGUGGCGCGAGACCAGAUCCGCAUGAGCAUCGGAUGUCACAAGGCAAUGGCCAACGUGUGGCCCCAGGCUGGAAGCAACCUACACGAAGUUCAAGCCAUUGCCUGUGAAGUCUUGGGGCUGCCCAUGGGAAAUAAUAACCACAAUAAUAAGCCGGCCAAACCAUCAUUU